UUGCAGAGGGGCACAGCAGUGUUACUGGAGCAUCUCGUGGGCAGCCUGGCCAGCGCCAUCACAGUCAGCACACAGCUUGACAUCGCGCCCCAGCACCACCUCUUCAUGAUGGGCCGCAACGGCAGCAACAUCAAGCACAUCAUGCAGCGCACAGGAGCGCAGGUCCACUUCCCAGACCCAAACUGCCCGCAGAAGAAAUCCACCGUCUACGUGCAGGGAACCAUUGACUCUGUGUGUCUGGCUCGCCAGUACCUGAUGGGCUGCCUGCCACUGGUGCUGAUGUUUGAUAUCAAAGAGGACAUCGAGGUGGAACCGCAGUGCAUUACUUCCCUAACGGAACAGCUUGAUGUGUUCAUUAGUGUCAAACCCAAACCCAAGCAACCUAGCAAGUCAGUGAUAGUGAAGAGUGUGGAGAGGAACGCUCUGAACAUGUAUGAGGCCAGGCGUUAUCUGUUGGGUUUGGAGAGCAGUGGUGUAUCAGUCCCUACCAGCAGCAUCACCAGCAGUAACAGCAGCAGUCCUCCAUCUGGCCCUGCUCUACCUCCACCUCUCAGCUGCCCUGUUGGCCUCGACAUCCUGGCCUCUGCCGGCCUCGGCCUCACCAGCCUGGGUCUUCUGGGACCUACGGCAGCCUCCAUGACACUACCUUCCACCAACUCCCUUCUCAACGCUCUCAACAGCUCCAUCAGCCCAUUACAUACAUCCACCUCUGGAACACCUUGCCCCAAUCUGUGGCCCAACUCACUGGCCAGUCCUGCCAGCACUCCAGGUUUCUCAUCGCCCUUGAUGAUCCACCCAGCCACCCAGGCCACUCUAACCAGCAUCUUGCUGUCAGGGGUGCCGGGCUACACCCAGAACACUCCGUCCCCUCCGCCUGGUCUUGCCCCCAUAGACGCCCAAGUCAACGGAGUAUCAGACUGCAGUAAAGCUGUGUGCUCCCUUAGUAGCAAACAGCCCAGGACCAUGUACAGCAGAAUGGCAGAUAAAGUUCUGACCGCAGCUCAUGGCGACUCUGUACAGGAAGCCAGUCCCCACUGCCCUUCUGAACCGCUGUCCAACAAAUCCAGCCAAGACCAAGGAUCGGAUACGUUCGUGGAGGUGGGCAUGCCUCGAAGCCCCUCUCACUCGGGAAACAGCAAUGAACUGAAGCAGAUGUUGGCAUCUUGUAAGACGACGUCAGGAAAGAGGCAAGCCCUGGAGCUGCUUCAGGGCACCAAGAACUCCCUCCUACAUUCAGACUGUCUGUUGUCAGACUCUGACUCCAGUGCCUCGGAGAGUCCGGUGGCUGAUAAACGCGCUCCAGGCAGUGAAAGAGCAGCCGAACGGGCCGCUCAGCAGAAUUCAGACAGAAUCCGCCUGCCGCACCAAUCCUCCUUCUCCAACAUGCAGGCGUUCGACUACGAGCAAAAGAAGUUAUUGGCAACCAAAGCCAUGUUAAAGAAGCCAGUGGUGACGGAGGUCCGUACCCCUACUAACACGUGGAGCGGUCUGGGCUUCUCAAAGUCUAUGCCUGCAGAAACUAUUAAGGAGUUGCGCAGGGCAAACCACGUAUCUUAUAAACCCACCAUGUCAACUACAUAUGAGGGGUCGCCUCUAGCCCUGUCCCGCUCCAACAGUAGAGAGGGGGUGGCGAGUGGCAGUGACUCGGAUAACUGGAGGGAAAGGAAUGGGAGCGGGCUCCCAGCACACAGCGACUUUCCCUCUCCCAUCAGCCCAAAAAGAAAGCAGAACAAAACAGAGCACUGCCUAAGCAGCAGCAACUACAUGGACUGCAUCUCGUCGGUUACGGGAACUAAUGGCUGUAAUCUCAACACAUCUUUCAAAGGAUCAGAUCUGCCUGAGCUCUUCAGUAAACUUGGCCUCGGGAAAUAUACCGACGUCUUCCAACAGCAGGAGAUUGACCUUCAGACAUUCCUCACACUGACCGAUCAGGACCUGAAAGAGCUCGGCAUUACUACAUUCGGAGCCCGCAGGAAAAUGCUGCUGGCCAUCUCAGAGCUGAACAAGAACCGAACGAAGCUCUUUGAGCCGCCCAACAUCCGCUCAUCAUUCCUAGAAGGGGGCGCCAGCGGUCGACUGCCACGCCAGUUCCACACAGACAUUGUCAGUGUGAGUGGGCGCUGGUGAGCCCAUGCCAAUGCAUCAACGGACAGCCUGAAACUGCACAAAUUCCCAUUCCCAACUCCAACCUGAUAUACAGUACUGGACCAAAACCCAGACCUUCUGAAUCUGUGCCAAAUAAACAAAGUCCAUGGAUCAGAGGUUAAGGGUCAAAGAACUGUUGAAUAUUAUAUGCAAUAUGGUACUUGUGUUACAAUGAAGGAAAUGUAGUGAAGGAUCAUUGGAGCUCCUGCACUGUGCUUGUAUAUGGAGCAGGCCGAUUUUAUUUAUAUGCUCAUCUUAGGCUUCGACAUACUAAUUCUUUGCACUUUAAAAAAUGCUAAAUACUUUGUCCAUGGGCAGAUUUGCCUGACUAGACGUGCAUGGAUUUUAUUUAAAGCACUUAAAUGGAUAUCAAGCCAAAGUGUUCUGCACAAAAUAUCCAUAAGGGAAGCUUAUCUCAUCCCACAGUGAAAUCACCAGCCUGUUGUUAUUACUUAUGGAUCUUAGUCAGAGUAGACGGCAUAUUACAUUUGACACAAAUGAAAUGGAGUGUACGUCUAUCCCUCACAGGCUUGUUUUCAUUCAGGUCAAAUUAAAACAGUCUCCCCUAGGUUCCACAGUACAUUUUCUAUCUAUUAUUUCUAAACCUGGAAAUGGUUUACUGUUAAAGGGAAAAUGAAAAAUGAAAAUUCUUUUAGUGUAUGGCUUUAGUUCUUCUGUGGUACUCAAAAGAAGAUAUUUAGAAUGUUUCAGCUGUUUUCGACAAUCCAAUGAAAGUCAUUUAAGUACAUUAGUGCCCGCCCACUUUUUCACCAGAGUUAGUUCCGGAAGUAUUUUGCUUCAAACUUUUAUUGGAAGCAAAAAAUAUGGGGAAAUCAGUCAAAAAGACAAAGACACAAGACUGUACUUAACAGCUUUUGUGAGGAAAAGAACUACAAUCCCAUGAAGCAUUGGAAGUGACAAUCAAAUUAAAAUUGAUGGUGAAAUUUAAAA